AGACUUAUCCGUCUUUUAUGCCAAGGGUUAGUUGGUUUUGUGCCGGCCAAGUACAUCAACGCGGAUCUAAAUCUGAUUGCACCUAGUAAUAAAUCCGUCAGUUUGCAAUCGCUGUAUUACAGAAAAAAGAUGACAUUUUGAAGUGGAUUUAAUGAUAGCUGUGUUACAUGUGAAAAUCAACGAAAACUUCAACUCAAACCAAUAAGUCGAGAAUAUAAUACCAUUGAAAGAGAAUAUGAUGAUGAACACCAAAAUUAGCAGUGAUUGUUAGACGCAAAGUGUACUAGAAUGAAUAUAUGACUAGUGAAUAUAUCUUGAAGAUGCCGGGCAAUGACGAUGGCGUCAUAUCUAAUGAACCAAAGCGUCGUGUCAGUAUAAUCACCGAUCCUGUCAUGGAGAGCCGAAUGGGUCACGACAACUUGGGCUUCGAGCCAAAUACUAAACGAAAAAUAUCACAGCACUCCAGCCAUUCAGAAGAUGGACCAGUGAGGCGGAAAAGUAAUCUGCACAAUGCACAAAACGUCGACAGUGCCGCAAUCAAUAGUUAUGAGCAACGAGUGAAUGGAGAAGUGAAUAGAACCAAAAAACAGUCAUUUUCUGAAGUGUUAGCCAAAAUAAAUCAAGAAUAUGAAACUGGACAGCAAAAUGCACAAAUAGAACAAUCAUGGAUUUAUUCCCUCUGUAUGAGGUGUAGAGUAGAAUAUAGUACACCCUCUUGGGAACCACCAGGAUGGCAGAAAGUUUGCCCUUAUCCUCUGUGCCCCCCUUAUAGGCAGUUUGCAAGAAUCAUAUCCAUAAUUUUAAUUGGUUUAUUAUUAUGGACAACCGCUUACGUUAUAAUAGGAGAUUCUGCAGCGCCAGGUGGACAAUUAUUCCAACUGGCGGUGUUGACUGUAGCAGCUAAUUUUGGAGGAUUUCUAAUAUCGCUAACUACGUUACCGCCUCUCAUUGGUAUGCUGUUGGUUGGCCUUCUGUUCCAGAAUGUUGGAUGGGUCAACCUUGAUGGCGAAUUUACCAAAGUUACCGCUGAGCUAAGAAAAUUCGCGUUGGUUAUUAUUCUAACACGUGCUGGCUUGGAAAUGGAUCCCAAAGCAUUCAAAAAGGUGUAUGUCACUAUAUUGAAGCUAGGUCUUAUUCCGUGGACUGUGGAAGCUGCACUGAUUGGCGUAUUAACCCAUUAUUUUCUUGAUCUUCCGUGGAUGUGGAGUAUGAUGUUGGGGUCAAUUAUUGCUGCAGUUUCACCUGCUGUAGUAGUACCUUGCCUAUUUAGACUGAGAACCAAAGGCUACGGCGUUGCCAAAGGUAUUCCAACACUCAUCAUUGCAGUCGCCGGCAUUGACGAUGCAGCAUCGGUCGCAGUUUUUGGAAUCAUUUCGAGUAUCAUGUUCUCAUCGCAAGGAUUAGCAUUCCAGAUUGCCCAAGCUCCAAUCUGCAUUUUUGGUGGUCUUGGAUUUGGGAUAUUUUGGGGUUUUCUAUGUAAAUACGUUCCGGAAAAAGGAGAUGCCUAUGUAGUUCCUAUUCGUACGCUGAUGCUGUUAGGGGGAGGCUUACUAGCAGUAUUCGGUAGUGAAAAAAUUCACUUUGAGGGGGCCGGCCCCCUCGGAGUGGUCUUUGCAGCAUUUACAGCCUCGUAUUUCUGGUGCGGAGAUGGAUGGGAUCUGGAAGAUAAUCCAGUUGCAACAGCAUUCGAAAUAUUUUGGAUGAUUUUCGAGCCCAUUUUAUUUGGAAUAACUGGAGCAUCCAUCAAGAUUCAUGAAUUAGAUCCACAUAUGGUAGCAAUAGGAACUAUCAUAAUUUACGUAUGUAUUAUCAUUCGGAUUGCCACGACUAUUGGAAUUGCCUUUGGUGAUAAGCUAAACGUCAAAGAAAAGAUUUUUGUAGCAAUUUCUUGGAUGUCUAAAGCAACAGUACAGGCUGCACUUGGACCAGUGGCACUGAAAGCAGUCUCCCAACAGCAUCGCUCUGAGGAGCAGCACUUAGCAGAAUUAGUGAAAAAUUUCUGCAUCCUCAGCAUAAUUCUAUCUGCUCCUCUGGGGGCUAUUCUGAUAUCGAUAAGCGGUUCCAAGUUGUUGACAAAGACUAAACCCAUGCUGGAACCUCCAGAAGGCUGGCGAAGAAGUCAUCGCCCAUCACUACACGACAUCAGUAUUAUCGACGAAGAGGAAGAGCGUGAAGAUAUUGAAGGCAUUGCUGAUGAAGAUACGGCUGCCAACACAUUAUCUAACGCUCAAGCCUCUGUGUUUUCUGUCACAAAGUUCUAGAAACCAUCGGACCCUGCAAUUACACUAUCGCACUAGAGUAUACAUACAGUAGUUCAAAAAAUGAUGCACAUACACCAUCAUCUGGCUGCAUAGUACAAAAACUUUACACGAUUCUAGCCAUACCAAAAACACCAUCCAAACAUAAAAUACUUGAAGUCUUAUAAUAAAAAAAACAUUCAAAUGCAA